UUUUGUGGAACGAAUCGUCAACUAAAUAAAUACUAUUAUAUACAAAAUUCUGUAAAAUAGAGUAAAAAGGGAAUCUUUUCAUUUAUUAUUAGUGUUUUAUGUGCAUUUGUGGGUUUCAUCCCCAAAAUUGAAAGCCAAAUCUUUCACCGUUAUUGGUAGAUAUUAGAAGAAGAUGGUGCUGGUUUUGGCUUUGGGGGAUUUGCAUAUACCCCAUCGGGCGGCUGAUCUCCCUCCCAAAUUCAAGUCCAUGCUGGUUCCUGGAAAGAUCCAACACAUCAUUUGCACUGGUAAUCUUUGCAUCAAGGAAGUUCAAGAUUACUUGAAGACACUUUGUCCUGACUUGCAUAUUACCAGAGGUGAAUAUGAUGAAGAUACAAGAUAUCCCGAGACCAAAACAUUAACUAUCGGACAAUUCAAGUUGGGAUUGUGCCAUGGCCAUCAGGUCAUUCCCUGGGGUGACCUAGACUCCUUAGCCAUGCUACAGAGGCAACUGGAUGUAGACAUACUUGUAACAGGUCACACCCACCAGUUCACUGCUUACAAACAUGAAGGCGGAGUUGUUAUAAACCCGGGGUCUGCUACUGGUGCAUAUAGCAGCAUCACUUAUGAUGUCAACCCUAGCUUUGUCUUGAUGGAUAUCGAUGGACUACGUGUUGUGGUCUAUGUCUAUGAACUCAUCGACGGAGAGGUUAAAGUCGACAAAAUCGAUUUUAAGAAGACACCUGCUACAACUCACUCUGCUCAUUGAAACUUUGGGGUUUGUUCUCUGUUGCUGUUCACAUUUUCUAUGAAUUCGCUCAAAAGUUUGUCUUUCUAAUCUAAUGUUAUGUCCUGUUUUGGAAGCCAUUGGUUUGGAUUAAAUUAAAGAAAAUGAAAGUAAAAGCUAAGACAAGCUUUGAAAUGGACUUUUUUUUUUUUUUUUGAGAUGUUAGUGUGCCUUUACAUGAAUAAUAGUUUUGAUAA